CGUGGCAAAGCUUUAGCCCGAGCCGUCCGAUGCCCUGUCCCGGCGCGGAACCCUCCGCCCGCGCUUACAAAUAGGCCCGCUGCGCGCUCUCCUGCGCCCGACCGAACACGACCCGACCGGCCGACCCGACCCGGCCACCAUUCCACAACACCAGCCGCGUGGUCGGGCGGUCUGCCCCCGAUGAAGCUUCUCCCGCGGCUCUGCAUGGCCACCGGCCACGGCGCCGCGGGCGGCGACAACGACAAGCUGGGCGCGGCGGUGUCAUCGUCCUCCGGCUCCUCCUCGUCGACAGGCUCUUCGUCGUCAUCCUCCGCCGCGGCGGCCGCGGUGUCGGAGGCGUCCUCGUCCACGUCCCUCCCUUCGCUGCCUUCGCUCUCCGCCGGGACGUCGAAUGCCGCCUCCUUCGCCCACCUCAAGACGCUCCUUCCUCUGCCCGCCGCGCCGUCAUCACCCGCCGUAGUCGCGGCCGACUCAUCCCACGGCUUCUUCGUCGUCGCCAGGCCGGCCACCGUGGCCCUCCACGACCUCUCCACCCUGGAGUCCACAUCAAGCUCCGAUUCCUCUAUCGACGACACCGCGACGGCCGGCUCAGUAAAGUGCGUGGCGUGCGUCCAGGGCGGUGGCGGCGGCUAUGCGGCCGUGACGGGCCACCAGGACGGGAGGCUGCGGCUGUGGCGGGUCUCGACGCGCGCGCCGGGCCGGAUUCGCCUGGCCGCCGCGCUCCCCACGGUGUCCGACCGCGUCCGCCGCUUCCCGCUCCCGUCCAACCACGUCCCCGUCCGCCGCCACCACCGCCGCCUCUGGAUCGAGCACUCGGACGCCGUGUCCGGCGUCGCCGCGUCCGCGGACGGCCGCCUCCUCUUCUCCGUCUCCUGGGACAAGACCCUCAAGGUGUGGGCCGUCCCGUCGCUCCGGUGCCUGCAGUCACUGCCGGCCCACGACGACGCCGUCAACGCGGUCGCCGUGGCGCCAGGCGAAGGCGGCGUCGUGUACACCGGCUCCGCCGACAGGCGCGUCCGCGUCUGGGCGCCCAGGCCGCCCACCGACAAGGCCGCAGUCGCACGCAGUCACAGCAAGAACAAGUACCCGGUCUACGACUUGGUGGCCACUCUGUCGCGCCACACGGCGGCGGUGAACGCCGUGGCGGUCGGGUGCGGGGGCCAGGUGCUGUACUCGGGCGGCAACGACCGGUGCGUGGUGGUGUGGGAGAAGGAGGACAGCGCGAGCCACAUGGUCGCGAUCGGGGCGCUCAGGGGACACCGCAAGGCGGUGCUCUCCGUGGCCUGCGCCGGCGACGGCAUGGUGGUCAGCGGGUCGGCGGACCGGACGGUCCGGGCCUGGCGGCGCGAGGCGGACAGCCGGGCGCACGCGUGCGUCGCCGUCUUCGACGUGCACCGCAGCGCCGUCCGUUCCGUGGCCGUGGCUGUCUUCCCGGAGCAGAAGAAGCAGGGAGGGGACGGCGAGGAGGAGGAGUGGAGGGUGUGCAGCGCCAGCUUUGACGGCGAGGUGCGGGUCUGGUCGCUGCGGGUGACGACGGGUUUGUAGUAGGUUGGAUUUGGCACGAUUUUCUGACGUUGGAUCAACAUGUGUUGGAUUUUUCUUCUUCUUCCUGAUUUUGAUCUGAUCUUGAGAGUUGAGAUAGGAGAUACGUACGGUGGUAUGCCAUACGGUCGUGUAUAUACAGGAAAUGAGGCAGUCCACCUGUAUUAUUUUGAACUUUUGCGCGGUUGUUUCAAGAUUUCGAUUUUGCUCACGAGCCAUUUA